AUGUCGGCAGGCAUCUCCCAGGAGGAGGCGCUAGAGGUGCUGCAGACCCUCCGCUCUGAUGAGGGAGUGGGUGGGGCCGCUGCUGUGAGGGGCGGGGUCACUGCUCUGCAGCUCCUGCAGAAGGAGCAUGCUCUGGGUGACAUCAUCACCUUCUGCUCCGCCCUCGACUCGGCCCUGGGGGGUGGGGUUCCCGUGGGGAAGACCACAGAGGUGUGUGGAGCACCUGGGGUGGGGAAGACUCAGCUGUGUGUGCAGCUGGCGGUGGAUGUGCAGAUCCCGGUGUGUCUGGGUGGGCAGGGGGGCCAGGCGCUGUAUCUGGACACGGAGGGCAGCUUCCUGGUGCAGAGGGCAGCAGACGUGGCACAGGCAGCAGUGGAGCACUGCACCCUUCUGGCUCACGACCACGAACAACAAGCAGCCUUGAAGGACUUCACCGUUGAAAACAUCCUCUCGCGCCUCUGGCUUGUGCGUUGCCAUGACUACGUGGAGCUGUUGGCCCACUGUUACCUUCUCCCUGACUUCCUGACCAAGCACCCAGAGGUCCAACUGGUGGUGAUUGACAGCAUUGCCUUCCCAUUCCGGCAUGACUUUGAGGAUUUCUCCCAGAGGACCCGCCUCCUUAAUGGGCUGGCUCAGCAACUUAUACAGCUGGCUACAGAGCACAGCGUAGCGGUUGUUCUGACCAAUCAGAUGACAACUAAGGUGUGGAAUGGCCAAUCCAAGCUAGUCCCAGCUCUCGGUGAGAGCUGGGGGCAUGCAGCCACACAGAGACUCAUUCUGCACUGGGAGGGAACUCAGAGGUUGGCAUCUAUUUUUAAGUCACCCAGUCAGAUGGAGGCUACUGUACCUUACUGCAUCACUGAGGGUGGUUUUCGGGAUAUGGCUCCUCCCCCCUCCCCUACAGCCCUGCCCUCCUCCCCAGGCCCCUCCUCCUCAGUGCAGCAGAGCAAGCGGCCCCGGGUAGAGGCCCGCCCACCCUGAUGGAGCUGCAGCCAAUCACAGAGCUACUUCCUUUCUACCUCCAUCUAAAAACCCUUCCUCAUUGGAUGAACAGACGCUAGGCACCAGUGAGGCACCACGCCGCUGUGUAAAUAUGUUUGGCAAGAGUGUUGUCCAUUGAUGAAUAUUAAUACAUUCUCAUGAAUUAAUACUCAGUGAUGUAACAGAGGAUUACCAACCCAGGCUGUUGAUGAGGUUAUAAGUGUAAAACCUUUUCUCAUUGUUUUUUUUUGCAAGUUCAAGCUUCCUUUUGAGAGGAAAAUUAUCUGUCUGUUUUAUGUCAGAGUUUUGUUGAAUAAAGAACUCCAGUGAAAGUGAAUGUGUUGGUGUGUUGUCAUAGCAGUAGAACUCCAGUGAAAGUGAAUGUGUUGGUGUGUUGUCAUGGCAGUAGAACUCCAGUGAAAGUGAAUGUGUUGGUGUGUUGUCAUAGCAGUAGAACUCCAGUGAAUGUGUUGAUGUGUUGUCAUGGCAGUACAGCUUCGUCUGCACAGUAUCUGACAUGAAAUCAGAGAACAGGAGUCACUGACCACUGGUCAGAUGAUUAUAUGCAUCUAUGAGCUGUGUCUGUUGUGGACUAGACUCUAAUAAAGACUGGAGGUUGUCUCUCUUGCUUCCCUCUCUCUCUC